GGCCCCGCGGCCAUGGCGGCGGCGGCCGCUGCGCCGGGCGGGGCGAGCCCGGGGCUGGCGGCGGGGGAGCGAAGGCCGAACACACUCCAGAGCUUCGAGUGUCCCCCUCCACUGUCCGAGCAGGAUGCAGCAAGACCUGUGUGGCCCCAGCAGCGUGGCUUCCUCAGAACAAUGCCCUUAGGAUGGGUCCUUGCAGAGAAUCUCGUGUGUGUGGACAAGAAUGUGGCUUCUCCCAAACUCUAUGUGCUGGAGCCGUGGAUUGCUGACCUCUUGGUGAAUUAUGAGCAACUGGACGAGCGUGAGAAUUUCCUGGCUGGGCAGGUGGUGCGGGUCUUGAGUGACUCAACUGCUCCUGGCCAGCCUGGGAUCCUCCAAGAUGCUGUGGUGCAGGUCUCUGAUGGAUCCUGCUACAUCCGUGUGGUCAUUACACCUGAAGCUCUGCAGGCAGAGGAAAAUGCCCACCUGCAGCUCAGGCUUUCCAGCCUUAAUUGCAGAAUUAUCGUCCUGCAGAAGUACACGGUGUGUUUUCAGGACGAGGCCAGGCUGGAGGACUGUGAGUUUUACCUGACAGCCCAGCAGUUCAUCGUGCUGCCCAUGCAGAGGCAGAGGAUGGAAUCAUCUGAUGGGAACCAGGACCCCUCUGUGAUGAAGAAGAUAAAGGAGCUCUGGCUGAGGAAUCUUGCUGUGAGGAAUGCUCCUAGCUCAGAGCCCUCUGUUUCUCAGCUGAUUGAUGCCAUAGGACAGAACCAGCUGGAGAUUUUGAAGGAGAAUGCCGAGGAAUGCUUGGAUUUACAAAAAUCAAAGGAGAAGCCAGUGACAGUGGAGGAUGAGGUUCCCAUCACCCAGUGGGAGGCAGAGCGCAAGAAGGAGCAGGGUGAGGACAUUUUCAUGGUCCCAGUCAGUGCCCUGGUGAUCCCUCCUGAGCAGGACGCAGUUGUUUGUGAUUCUUCUGAGGCAGCAUCUGCAGGGUACACAGAUACAAGCCAAACAGCUCCUGGAAAGAGUAGUGAUGACAGGACAGUGCCAGGAGAUCCAAGUGUUGUAUCCCAAAUCAGCUCCUAUCUCCGUAGCAGUGGUGCUCCAGUCCUUGGAUCGUCCUCAUGGCCUCCUAUGAACGCUCCAGAUCCCAUCCAGCCUUUAGUUUCCUCUACAGUUGACUCAGCCCAUCUCCUUGGAUUGAGUAGAGGAGGUGCUCCGUCACCAACCUUGUCAGAUAGCUUGGAGGAAUCCCUGGACAACCCCUGGAACAGAAUGCCCUCAUUGUCUUUGACCCCAAGCUCUUCAGAUGGUGAGUCCCCAUGUGCCAGAGCAUCCAGCCUGCCUUCCUGGCAGGAGGCAGCUCCUCUCUUCUCAAUGGGUGUAGCUUACCCUGGCUGCUGGCUUGAUUUCCCCUGGCCAUAAAGCACUGCUGUGGUGUUCCCAUAGCCCUGGACCUGCAUCAUUCCAGCCCUGAUAUUCUUCCUGUGUGCCAGCCCCCUGCUCAAACUGAUGAUGCUUUUCCUCUUACUAGAGAAGACCCAGAAAGAUGCGGCUGCUGACAGCAACACCACUGACCUGUUGGAAGUGUGUAGCCAGGGCUCUGCUGAGGGCUUGCCCCAGGGAGAGCCAGUACAGACCUCCUCUCCCUCCUUGCUCCACUCCUACAACAAUCCCAGUCGGGUGGAGAUCAGCACUAGUGAGGCAGCAUCAGCUGUGGAGGCAGCCUGGGAUACCCUGUGCACUGAUCAAGGCCCACAGGGAUCCAGGGUUUCUCAGGCCAGCCUGCCUACUCUUUCUCCAGCUUUUCCAGUCUUGCCCAGCAGCAGCUUGCAAUCCUCGCCCAGCAGGAUUCCUCACAAGGAGCAAGCCUGCUCCAGUGCCACAACUUCCUCUCCAUCUGUGUUGAAGCCUGGACUGGUUCAUGCCAGGACAAAGGAAGGAAAGGCUCUGGGUGCAAAGAGGAAGCUGAUGGAGGAAGAUGAGCAGGACUCCAGUGAGCAGCAGCAUCCCCCAGGCACCUCGGAGGGCAGGGGGAGAGGCACAGGCAAGAGCCCACGGGGUGCAAAGAGCAGAAAGGAGACAAGGCUGCGGUGCAGAAAGGAGCUUGAAGAGAAAGAAGAAGAGGAGGAAGAGCAAGCAUCCCCUGCAAGAGCUGGGCCCAGCUCCAGGCCAGAACAGCUGGAGCAGUGCAGAGCUCCAGAGCCGUUCAUGGAGACACCAGCCCAGUACCAAUAUGAGGCACCGAGCCCUGAGCUCUGCCAGCAGGUGCAGUCUAUCAGGAUCUCAAAGGCAAUGCUGAAGUGGGCAUGCUGGAUACUGGCUGAGGAGGAGGAUUCCUGAGCCCAGCUCGUCUUUCAUUCUUUUGUUUCUUCUAUGGGUUUGUCAAAACACUGGGAAGAGCAGUUGGAGGAGGAAUAUGGGGACACCAGAAGCUCUGUGCCCCAGGGGACUGCUGAGUGGGCUGGCCUGGCUGCAGAGACCCUGGUUCCAGUGGUGCUGGCACAUGAGCUGUUGAAAGCCAAUACCCUCAGUGCCGAGAGGGGAGAAAAGCAUUCAUUCAGGAAUGCCUGUAUAUGAGCCAUCAUCCCUCUCCCACCUCUUCAUUCUUUCCAAAUGCCUUGUCCCCAGCAAGUGGGGACAAGAGGGAACUCAGUGCCACCGUAGCAGCGAUGGCAGAGGCCCCACAACCUGAUCCUGCUCCAGAGGUCCUCCAGGAGCAUGGAUGGUUUAUUGAAUGAAUUUAGGUAGGGUUCUGCACUGUUUAUUACAAAAAAUAUCCUGCAGGGUUAUGCUGUAGAAAUUAAAAAUUGUAUAUUUUUUAAAUACACAGCUCUUGUAUUAAAAAAAAAAAAAGAAAAAAAAAAAAAGAAGAAACCAAAAAAACCAAA